CCAAAUCCAACUGGAAGUCCUCAAGCCCCUCUCUCCCCCUCAGCUCCGGUGCAGUGCCCCCAUGGCACAGUCCACCAUCGAGGUGCUCUGUGACGUGGCUGAGGGCAAAGUGGACACCAUCACCUGGAAGAAGGACGGGCAGCCCCUUCCCCCGGACAGAGGUUUCUAUCUCUCUAGCAGCAUCAGUGUUUUGUACCUGAGGAAAGUGCAGAAGUCGGACUGCGGUUCCUACUCCUGCAACGCCAGCAAUGGGAUAAGCUGGCAGGAGGCCUCCCUGAAUGUGACCAUUGCAGGUCUCUCUCCAGCCUUACAAGAUGCGCUGCGGAUUGCAGUGGUUGCUGUGGUCUUCACUGUCAUCUCAGGAUGGGGCUUAAUUUUUCCUGUCUGCCAAUCAGAAAAGCAAAGGAUAAGGGGGGAGCUGUGGCGAUGGCUCAGUGCCUACACCUGCGGGCUCGUGUGCGUCUCCUCCGUCCUGGCAAGCGCCGCCUUGACCCUCUGGAUGCGAGAGGAAGGCCCAUCUAUUGCCUUCAUAAUGCCCGAGAUCAUCCUUAUGUAUGUGAUUGUGGUAACAUUCCUGGUCUCUGCCACCGUGACGUUCCAGCCUGAAAAGCUCAUCCAGCUCAAAAGCAAAACAGUCCAGCACACAAUGGGCUACGCUGCUCCCGGAGGGGUGCUUUCGGUGGUGCUGACUACCAGCUUCCUGAUAAAGAAUAUCUACCAUCGCCACGAACAAGGCUGCACGGAGUUUGUGGACGUGACCAUCCUGGUGGUUAGCACAGCUGUGGUGUCUGCCCUCCCAAUCCUUGCAAUCUUCCUGCGCUAUCAUGCAACUCAACGAAGGAGUUGUCGGGAAGAGGAACGUAACUGCAGUUGGGUGGACAAGCAUGGACAUCAGGGAGAGUGGGAGCAAAUUUGCCACGAUGCUUCUGCUGUGGCCUUCCUGAAGGACCUGACGGUGCCAGGUCUGUUUUUCAUUUUGCAGUGCACUUUAGCAGUGGAAAUCACAGAAAAAAGAGUUGUAGCUGAAGGAUCCUCAGUGCUGUUGCACGCACCAGAUACCAAGAACAUCAACCUCAUAGAGUGGGAAUACAUAAAAAACACCACUCCUGUGUUCAUCCUGCAGUACUACGCUGAUUCACAGUCUCCAACUAUCUACUCAGCUUACCAAGACAGAGUGGUUUUCUAUCCAAAGAACAGCUCUCUUCUCUUGCAAAACCUAAAAGAGACUGACAGCGGGGUCUAUAAAGCAACCAUCGAUCUGAUGGAGGAUAAAGCUAGCACGACUUUCCUGGAAGUUAUCAAAAUUGUACCCCAACCCAAGAUCCAGGGUAGUUCAGGCCUGGUGGGUUCACCCAUCCACUUGUUCUGCAUGCUGUCCCAAGGAAGAGUGGAUGCCAUCUCCUGGAAGAAGGACGGUCAUCCUCUCCCCCCAGAAAGGUUCUACCAUCUCUCUAAAAACGGUACCGUGCUGCGGAUUGAGAAAGGGGAGAGGGCGGAUUGUGGCUCCUACUCCUGCAAUGCCAGCAAUGCAGUGUGCAGACCAGCAGCUCUCAUCUACUACAGGACCAAAAGAUGGUUCUGUGUCGCCCUGGACACUGCAACCACCACUGCAGUGAUCGUCCUCCUACUGUUCACCAUCCUUAUGCUCGAAAACAUCCAGCAGCUCCAUGAGCGAGGCUGCUCAGAGUCCAUCAGUCUAACACUGAGCUUCGUCCUGGCAGCUGCAGUCGUCCUGCCUGUGAUGGUGGCCUUCCUCCUCCUAUGGUGUAUGUAG